GCUUCAUUCCUUCUUGUUUUCAUUCUGCAGGUGUCCGAGAUGUCUCCCUUGGUUUGGUUCCACUUGCUGCUCGCUCUGCCCUGCUUCAGCACCUCAAGGACUUGUUUCCCGAGAUGUCACUGCGAAGUGGAGACCUUUGGCCUCUUCGACAGCUUCAGCCUGACCAAAGUGGACUGCAGCGGGAUCGGAUCCCACCUCGUGCCUGUUCCCAUUCCCUUGGACACCACCUACUUGGACUUAUCUUCCAACCACCUGGAAGCCGUCAACCAGUCCAUGUUAACUGGGCCUGGUUACACCACUCUUGUAGGCCUUGACUUGAGCUACAAUAAAAUCUCCAGUGUGCUCCCUGCCACCUUUACAAAACUCAGGUAUCUGGAGUCUUUGGAUCUGAGCCAUAACUCUUUGGUGACUGUCCCCGAGGACUGUUUCUCUCAGUCCCCUCUGGGAGAAGUGGACCUCAGCAACAACCUUCUCUUGGAGGUCACUUUGAACAUCUUUGCCUUCAAAGGUCAAGGGAAACCCAUCAACGUUGACCUUUCCAACAACUUAAUAAGCCGGGUGUUCAGAUACCCGGAUAAACCCAUUCCUAACAUUCAAAGCUUCAAUCUCUCGGGGAAUCGAUUAACCAGCGUUCCGGAUCUUCAAGGGAUCCCCCUUCGCUACUUAAACCUGGACGGAAACCCGGUGUCCACCAUUGAGAAGGAUGCUUUCCUGGGUCUGAAAGGGUUAACUCAUUUGUCCCUGAGUGGGAUUCACCAUCUCUUGGACAUUUCGCCUUUUGGCUUCAAGGACCUCUCUGCUCUCCAAGUGCUGGACUUGUCCAACAACCCCAACAUGAAAUCCUUGAACCCCAAGGUUUUCUACAGCCUUAGUUCUCUUCAAGAGCUCAACCUAUCCGGGACGGGAGUGGCCACUACAUUCUCCAAACCUAUGUUGAGAUACUUGCCUUCCAUCAAGAGCGUGGCCUUGGCCAAGAACAUCCGGUGUCUCAAGACCGUUCGGGAAGGCCACUACCACCGAGCAGCUGGACCGAGCAAGAAAGAGGUCCUACGAUGUCACGGUGCCCACGGAUCCAUGGCGCCAUAUGUGUUGUGACUGAGGACCGAGCCUCCGCAUGACGAGACUUAAAACAAAAACAAAAAAAACACAGCCACGAAUGUGCCUUCUGUACAAACAUUUAAUUUAUACUUUUUUUUGUAUAUCUCAACUCUUUGUUAACAAUAACGGAUGGAUCAGAGCGCUUGCGAGCCUGGUUUAUUUCAGCGGUCCCCCAAAUUUCCAGGUCCGUGGACUGCCGGCAGUGCGGGGGUGGUAGAAGGGGGAUGGUUUGGUUCUGAGUAAAGCUUCCUGAGACCAUA